AUGUCAAGAAAUUCACAAUGCCGAUCCAUUGUCAAUGUAAUCUCAACUGCUCUUACUGCAGAAACGGAAGCAGAUUAUAAUACAACUGUGCAGGAUUGGUCGCCUACCGAAAAAUGCCCCUUUUGUGAUGGUUUACGGUUAUCCACGGAUGAUUGCUCCGAAAAGGAUUCCAUGAGAAUCGAACAUGAGAAUGAAAGCGCAGCAAGCGAUGGUGAAUAUUACGGUGCCGGUUGCUCCAAUCAAGUUAAGAUGGAGCAAAAUGCAGCAAAUAGCUCUCCGGAAAGCACAGGACAUCUGGAAUCAUCUGGUGGUUCACAGUCUCGUCUGUUUUACAUGCAUCCAUUCUCAAACCUCUGUACUCCAUCCGUCCUUCCUGUGAUGACACCAUUUGUGCCUCUUCCUGAAAUAGCAAAUCAGCUAUUUUGUCAAAGCCUUUUACAAUGGAGUACAUCUAGCUUGUUGCUACAACAAAUGAAUUCACACCGUUCACCAGAAAAUCUACACAAUUCAAUAAGUGAACAGUAUCUUUCGGCUUCAAAAAGAAAUAUCAUAAUGCAAGGUAAAGAAAAUGGUGAUACGGAAACGAAUCAUCUAAUUCAACAUAUGAUUCCUUCAAUAUCUGCUAAAGCAGAGAAUGUGAUACGGGCUGCUCAUAUAUGUUGUAGUAACAACAACCUUCCAGCUUUACAUGCCGGGUUAUCAAAAUCAUCGUUUGGCAAUGAAUCAUUGUUGGAACGACCAAGAGCAUUAUUCUACAAGGAAGGAGGAAAUAACAGUAAUGGGUUGAUUGAAGAAGAUCAGCCAUUAGAUCUGAGCUCACGUCGUGCGCUUCAAGCGGCUACGCAAUGUGCUGUAUCAUCGGCCCACAAUUCUCGAGAUGGAAGACGAUUGCGUGCAUUAAUCAAUGCUAUCUCUGAUAAAUCACCGAAUUCUCUUUCUAAGGAUGAGGAAAAUAAUUCUGCAAUCAGCCAAGCGAAGAAUAUCAUUGGAACACGAACUCUCCACUCGUCGAUGAGUAAGAGAAACUAUACCCAGGCUGAUUUGGAUGCUGCUGUACGGGAUAUCCGAUGUGGCCGACUCGGAACGCGACGAGCAAGCGUGGUUUAUGGAAUACCAAGAUCAACAUUACGCAACAAAAUCUACAAACUCGAUGCAGCUGAGGAUCAGCGUAGAAAUGGUACUGGUGGGAAAAAGAAGCGCAUAAAUAACUUUGGUACCAUGUUAACACCGGACAGAGCUCAGUCUCCAUCAGCUACUACGGUGCCUUUUCCAAACGAUGCUAAUGCUGGUUCUACUGAGAUUAUUUUACCUCCUAAACAGACACUUGUAGCAAUUGAUGGUGUGUCUGUGCCGGAAAUUAUUCAGGAAACUGGUCCAAAUAAUAAGCCUCACUUUGCCAAUCAGGAAUCGAUUAAUGCAAACGAUGAGCCAGUUACGGAGAAGAAAAAAUCGCUUUGGUCACCAUUUGUUCAUCGACAAACAGCCGAACCAAAAAAUGUUCAUGCGGGAGAAAAGAAAACUGGUAGAAGUCCAACAAAUACUACUGAAAACCAACUCGACUGGAAAAAAUCGCGUCCGAAACGAGGCCAAUACAGAAAAUAUAAGAAGGAUGCACUAGAUGAAGCAGUCCGAUCAGUUCGACGCGGUGAAAUGUCGGUUCAUCGUGCUGGUAGCUUCUACGGGGUACCUCACUCAACUUUAGAAUAUAAAGUUAAGGAAAGAAAUUUGACACGUACAAAAUGUAAGAAGACAGCAGCAGAAAAUAUUUUUGAGACAACGAAGUCCGGUCAUCGUACCAAUUCCAAUUAUAUGGAGAGUUCGCCAUUGAAGAAUUCACCUCAGCAGCUACCGUUGCCGAAUCCAAAGAUGAAUGAUGUUGGUGCAGCACCAGCUAUGAGAGCAGUUGUAUUGACCUCUGCGACAUCUGCAGUUCCUUCAUAG